AUGGGUUCAAGAACUUCUUCAAGACCAUCGCCAUACCCUGCCCGCCAAACGCUAUCCCAGCAGUCGCACGACACCGUCACCGACUCACCUCGAGAUGACCUUAAUCACACGUUAUGGGUCCAACUCUGCACUCAAUGCAUUUUGAUUUCAACGUCGAUGGUUGCAUCAACGUCGAUGAUGUGGCCUCUCGAAGACAAGGAGAAGAACCGGGGUCCACCCAAUCCGCGUUCCCUUCCGCCAAACCUCGAGCGACCUCACGACGAACUUGAAGGAUCUCAACAUUCCCGCAAUAUCUUUCAUCAUGUGAGAGUCUCUGCGAAUCAGCAGGCCAAGAUCCCAGCGACACCCAAGCUAGCUCGUCCGCAAGCUGUCCCUGUGGCAGAACCUUCACUCUUCCUUGACGCUCCUCCUGCUCAUCCUUCACGGUUGAUCGGAACUGGAUGCAUCUGA